CAGAUGCUGCCCCUGCUGCUGCUGGCGCUGGCGGUGCCCGCGGGGGGGGCACUGGUGACGUCAUCGGUGUCACCCCGGGGGGGGGAACCCGCCCUGACCUUCCUGGCCCUGGGGGACUGGGGGGGGCUCCCCGACCCCCCCUUCGUGACCCCCCGCGAGGUGGCCACGGCGGCCGCCAUGGGCCAGGCGGCCUCCCGGCUGGGGGGGGACUUCGUGCUGGCCCUCGGGGACAACUUCUACUACCAGGGGGUGCGAGACGAGUGGGACCCCCGAUUCCAGGACACCUUUGAGCGGGUGUUCGUGUCCCCGGGGCUCUGGGGUGUCCCCUGGUUCGUCAUGGCCGGGAACCACGACCACGCCGGCAACGUCACCGCUCAGCUGCGCUACAGCCACCACUCCCCCCGCUGGCACUUCCCCCACCCGUACUACAGCCUUCGCCUGCACAUCCCUGGCUGCAACGCCACGGGGCGGCUGCUGGUGCUGGACACGACGCUGCUCUGCGGCCACGCCGACGAUUUCGGGGCCGGGGGUGCCCCGGGGGGCCCCCAUGACGCGGCGGGGGCGGCGGCGCAGCUGGGCUGGCUGCGGGGGCAGCUGGAGGCGGCGCGGGGGGCGCGGUUCGUGCUGGUGGCCGGGCAUUACCCGCUCUGGUCCGCGGGCAGGCACGGCCCCACCCCCUGCCUGGUGCGGCUGCUGCGGCCGCUGCUGCGGAGGCACCGCGUGAGCGCCUACCUGAGCGGCCACGACCACAACCUGCAGUACCUGGAGGAGGGGGGGGUUGGCUACGUCGUGAGCGGCGCCGGCAACUUCCUGGAGGAGUCCCGAGCCCACGAGGGCUCCGUCCCCCCCGGCUCCCUGCGCUUCUUCUUCGGGACCCCCACGGCCCCGGGGGGCUUCGCCCACGUGCGCCUCGAGCCCUCCGGGGCCACCGUCACCUUCCUGGAGGCCACGGGCAGGGUCCUGUACCGGGUCACGCUGCCCCCCCGCGACCUCUGACCUCAGGGACCCCCGCGACCUCUGACCUCAGGGACCCCCAUGACCCUUGACCUCAGGGACCCCCCGCGACCCCUCCCCUGGG